AUGAAACGAAAACUCACAGAAAAGCUUCAAUCAUCAUCCAGUAAAAAUCAUUCAUCAUCAUCGGAAUCCACCAACAACCUCACACAGAGCAAAAAUAACGGAAAACAAAAGAAGACUAACGCAUCAAAACGUACCCCUUCUUCGGAGCCUCCACGAAAGAAAACUCUCCUCUCCAAGCCUCAAGAUCAUCAUUCGACCAAUGGAAAUGAAAAAGCUGACAACAACAAAAUUCAGGAAACAAAUGUGGAACAAGAUGAAGAUUUUCUUUCACAACUCAACGACUCGGAUAAACGUAAAAUGAACAAGAAGGAAGACUUGUUGAAUAACUUUUACAAUUUUGAAUUGGAGGUUCCAAAGGAAUUUGAAAAGAUGGACAUCGUCAAGAAUUUAUACGUGGAACAUCCAAGUGUGAAAGCAAUGAAAAACGAGACAGAGAUUAGAGCAAAAGAAGACAUUAAAGUUUUCUGCUCUCGCAAAGGAACUAUUAUCCCAAAACCAGUCUUGCUAUUUUCCCAACUCAAUUUUCCAUCUUUUGUUCAAAAACAGAUCCAAGAAAUGCAAUUCAAAGAACCAACUGCAAUUCAGAAACAAACAUGGCCAGUGGUGUUGCAAGGUUAUGAUAUGAUUGGUUUAGCAGAGACUGGUAGUGGUAAAACGUUGGCGUUUGUGUUGCCUGGUUUAAUGCAUGUGUUAGCUCAAAAAGAGCUCAAGAAGGGUGAGGGACCAAUCAUGGUCAUUUUGACACCAACGAGAGAGUUAGCCAUUCAAAUUCACAGAGAAUGUGAAAAAUUUUGUAAUGCUAGUCAAUCGGAAAGCAAGCCCAUCAAGAUUGCAUGCUUAUACGGAGGUGAAGUGCGAAAAAACCAAAUCAAGGAAUGUCGAGGAAAACCAGAAAUUAUUAUUGCAACUCCAGGAAGACUUCUUGAUUUUUUACAAGCUGGUAUCACAAACAUGAAACGGUGCUCGUAUUUAGUUUUGGACGAAGCAGACCGAAUGUUGGACAUGGGCUUCAAUCCUCAAAUUUCGCAAAUUGCGUCUCAAAUUACUCCCGAGAGACAAACUUUAUUUUUCAGUGCUACUUGGAAUCGUGCUGUGCAAUCGAUGGCAAUGUCAUACGUAAGCAAAAGUGAGCCACACUUUAUUGUAAAUAUUGGAUCGAUAGAAACCAGUGCCAAUCACAAUGUUAAGCAAUCAUUCAUGUUUAUUCAAGAUAGUGACAAGAUGGCCAGAUUAAUUGACAUGUUGGACAAGCUGAUUAAGGAUCCUGAUGAUUGUCGUACAUUAAUUUUCUGCAAAACCAAGAAACGUACGGACUUUGUGACACAAAAAUUAAGGGAAUCUGGAUGGCCCUCUCUGAGCAUUCAUGGAGAGCGAAAGCAAGAGGAACGAGAGUGGGUUUUGGAAGAAUUUAGAAGUGGAGACACUCCAAUUUUGGUUGCUACCGAUGUUGCUGCAAGAGGUUUGGACAUUGAGAAUGUGAGAUAUGUUGUGAAUUAUGACAUGCCUCAUGACAUUGAUUCCUAUAUUCACAGGAUUGGAAGAACAGGAAGAGCUGGCAAGGAAGGUAAUUCUGUUUCAUUCUUCACUCCUGACGACGUUCAGUUGUGUGCACCACUCAUCAAAGUUCUCGAGGAGGCCGAACAAGAAGUACCUGAAAAGUUAUUGAAAUUGCAAGAUCUCACGCAAAAGACUCAUGGAGAGCUGAGCUUGUCACAACAAAAGGCAAAGGAUAAGCUUGAAAUUUUACAAAAUAAAAAAAAGUAG